AUGGUGCAGACGGUGACAGAGAACGUUGUUCACGAAAUCAUCACAUCAGAUAUUCCAACACCCCACGGAGAGGUGACUGCGCCAAAGACCGUGGCGCCAGCAGAAGCAGAGCGUCGUCGCGAAGCGCAAGAGCAACAAACGACCGAGCAAACCUUCAGGGAGGUAGAUGAGCGACAGAUGAUGGAGAGAACCCAAAAUGGGAGAGGGGGACGCGAAGGACAGCAUGACACUGAGAAAGAGCAAGGACAUCAGGCUACAUCAGAGAGGAUUGAUGAGGCGCAGACAACACCACCGCGAGAAAUGGGCCAGGCCGAUAAUUCACCCACUACAGAUAAGGUCCUUCCGGAUGACGCGGAACAGGGAUGGAUUGACAAUCAGAUGAGGCGUGAUCGAGAAGAGUCUCUAUUCGCUCCUGAGCCGCCGUCGCCAAUAGACGAAUCGAAGAAGGCAGAGAAGACAGCGCCACAGCGCGGAAUCGAAAAAGAGCCAUAG